CAUGGUGUCAACAACCUGCUUCCACCAUCUAGAAUCAGAGGGUUUUUUCUUCAGACUGAAGAGAGCCAUAAGCCAUAUUCUCCAGUGAGCUAUCUCGAGAUUUGCUUAGAGAACAGAGCCAAAUAGAAUUCCUUCCAUCUUCCUGAAAUUUAAACCCCCCUCUUUUUCUUAGUCUACACAAUUUGUCCCACGAAAUUGUAUGGAAGGAUUUUUUUGAGAGGGAGCCCUCCCACAAAAAGCUUCUUUGAAUUUGUUCUAAUUUUUAUAAUGUCGAGUUUGGUAAAAUAGAAGAGCCCAUUAUGUAUGUUAGUAUAGCCUGGAGGACAGUCUUAACCAUUGUAGUUCUUCGAGCCUGUGAAAGAAAUUUUGUUUUCCACAUUCAUCUUGUCCACCAUGGCUAAUUGAUUCUUCUCUCAAUAUUUUCAAGAUGGAGAGUAGCCCCUAGAUAUCUCUCUUGAAGUUUACAAGAUGGAAGAUGAAGUUGUUUCAGCAACAGCAACAGUUUUCUUAUCUCCAGUCAAUCGAUAGUUAAAAAAGGUAAGGGUAUAUUUGUAAUUAUGGCUCCGGGUGCCGUUAUAGUUGACACCGGAGCAGUGGAACUGUACAAGCCUCGUCUCUAACGAUCCACGCCUAUCUCUGAGACUCUGACACAAACCCAAUAAUUCCAUAUGGGUCCUUUUCCGAUCCUUGUCCGGUCAGUCGUUCAUCACGUAGGAAGGAAAUCGAAUCCCUUCUUGUCUCAGCUCUUUGGUCGGGGGAGUUAUACUCGACGAGUGAGCCCGGUUUCGGGGAGUUCUUAUCAAUGGCUGAAUCAGAGCUACAGAAGUCUUAUUCUGCAGUCCGCUUCUGAAUCUGUGAAGAUGGAGAGACUCUCUGGUUCCGAUUCCGGAAUUAUUGAGGUGAACUUGGAUAGACCAGAGGCUAAAAAUGCCAUUGGAAAGGAUUUACUGAAAGGCUUACAGCAUACUUUCGAAUCUAUUAACAGGGAUUCCUCUAUUAAUGUUGUGAUGAUUUGCAGUUCUGUUCCUGAAGUUUUCUGUGCAGGUGCUGAUCUGAAGGAACGCAGGACGAUGAAUCCAUCAGAGGUCCAAUUUUUUGUUAAUUCUUUGCGUUCAACAUUCUCAUAUUUAGAGGCACUUCACGUUCCUACAAUUGCUGUCAUCGAAGGGGCAGCAUUGGGUGGUGGACUGGAAAUGGCUCUUUCCUGUGAUCUUCGGAUUUGUGGAGAAGAUGCAGUAUUUGGCUUGCCAGAGACAGGACUUGCCAUCAUUCCUGGUGCUGGUGGAACCCAACGGCUUCCUAGACUUGUGGGAAAAUCAGUUGCAAAAGAACUUAUAUUUACUAGUCGAAAAAUUGGUGGAAAAGAUGCAAUGUUAAUGGGUCUGGUUAAUUACUGUGUUCCUGCUGGUGAGGCUCACCUAAAGGCUCUUGAAAUUGCUCGAGAUAUAAAUCAGAAGGGUCCAUUGGCAAUUAGGAUGGCAAAGCGUGCUAUUGAUAGGGGUAUUGAAAUAGAGUUGCCAUCAGGUUUGGAGUUGGAAGAAGAGUGCUAUGAGCAGCUAUUGAACACAAAAGAUCGCUUGGAAGGUUUAGCAGCAUUUGCUGAGAAAAGGAAACCAAUAUAUAAUGGCCAAUAAGAAUCAAGUAUUCCUUUUUUUGUCACUUUGUAGUGUUCAACUCCAUGUCUUCAUUAUUAUGAAAAUAAAAUCAGAAAAUGUUCUGAAAAAUUGAUUGUAUUUUUACAAGUGUGUGCUAUAGAGGAAUUUUGUUCAGUUCUAAA